AACAAUUCCGACGUCAGCUUUGCUCCUCAAAUCUCGAAUUUAUACUCCAAGUCAAGGUACAAUUCCUCCUGAGCUGGCGUCAAUCAAUCUUGCUACCUACGAUAUCUUUCCACACUUGAAACUUUUUACCGCCCUUGUAGCAGUCAAUCGAUCUUAGCAUUGGAUUCCACAGGCUCAAAAUUUCCAUCACCAAAUACAGUACCUCUAAAACCUAUAGCCGCCUCGAAGACGGCGGUUUGGCGCUCCAUUCUGACUUACUGUCAUGUAAAGCCGCCGUAUUCCAUCCAUUCCGAGGUAUCAAACGAGUACCCCCGAAUCGACAGCGACUAUACAUACUGGAGAACACCAGAACACAAUAAAGAAAUUAUUACAGAAGAUGCCUCCCAUAGAAAGGGACGCACCAAGCCAGGUGUAUGGGAGUCUGAGACAUCAGCAUUCCGGUUCCCUACCUGACAACAGCCGUGCCUUGGUACCAAUGUGGGAUAGUUCUGACCCCGAAAGAGCGCCACCACCUCUGCCUCUUAACCCCAAUCCUCAAUCACCAGGCCUCGGUUCUCCAUCGAAGCCAGGCACCUCGGCGGCCAUUCAGUCAGCACAUGCGGCGCUCACCGAAAAGGCGCGCGAGAACUCCCUCAAUCCUGGCCCCGGAUCAAAACGAAAAAGUGAAGUCUCGCCGGAGAGGUCAUCUCUCAUCAAGACCACGCCAGUCCACCGCCGCAUGCAGUCUCUGCAGCCCAGUACGGUACGAGAAUUUGGGCUCCUACUGGAGAAUGGAACUGGUGGCCGCGAUUCUAUUUCAUCAACCCCACAGUCUAUGGAGAAGUUUCCUCGGCCGGGCACGCCAAAGGACCCCUUCAGUGACUUCAAAAGCCCCGAGGACAGCAGCAGACAAAAUGCUCUCGCGCUAUCGCCAGGCCCCAGCUUGACACCGAUUGUUCGGCCCAUCGCACGUCGGUCUACACAGAGCAUUCUCGGCGAGAACACCCCUCCACAGUCGGCAACCAUGUUGGCGCUGCAGAACAUGUCUACCCCAACACGGGAGAAGACGGCAAGGGAACUGCCCGUCCCACAACCUGCCCCUGCCGCCGCUAGAGAACUGCCCGAAACGCCUCUUUCAAAUAAGACCAACAACUCGAAUGCCCUGGUCAGGCAACAGUCUCAGCCUUCCGUGGCGAUAGACUCGCUCUCACAACAGAUUAUUAGCCUCACCAAUAUUGCUACCUCGUUGCAAAAGGAGAUGGCACAGCUGAGCCGUAGGAGCCGAGACAAUGCGACCGAUCUGUUGAGUCUCAAGGAGGCCACCAAUACCCGGGAUGAGGAUAUAAGAAAGAGUUUGCGUGAUCUCGUCAGCAACACUCAGGAAAUUUCGAAAUCAACACUAAGGGAUGCUUAUGGCGGAAAUUUGCUUCUUGACAACAAGCCUCACAGUGCACCGUCCAUAUCAGCAAAGUCUGUGAGACCUUUUUCGCUCCCCCGUAUUCCCUCACCCAACAGCUUCUCCGCAUCCCUGGAUGGUGAUAGGAUGAGCACUCCUUCGCUUUGCGGCAGUGACGGCCCAGCCACGAUGGGCCUUUUGGAGAAAAUUGUGCGCGAUAUGGGAACAAAGGAUGGGCAGAACCUUCUGGUCGCUCGGCUGUCCGAGCUCGCGGAAAAGAUGUCUGGUAUGGCGACAGCGGCCAAGGUUGAAGAGCUGUUGAGGCUUGUCAAGACCAGCCAGGAUCAGUCGAUCGUUUUCUCAGGUGGCAACGGCAAAGGGAACGGCAACGGCAACUGGAACCCCCCACCUGGUAGACCCAGGAAUUUCAGCUUCGAUGAAGACCCCUCUCCGGCUGCGCGGGAGCUCGAGUUCGGUCGAUCUGGAUUCCCACCGCCGGGAGCCCGCGCUCUGCCCGACCUCGGUUUUCGCGCAUCUUCGGCUCCACCAGCCGGCGAGGCUGAGAUUAUUACCGAAGAUGUCAUUCGAAGCAUUCGGGCUGUUAAGGAUAGUGUGGCCCAGGGAGGAGGUCUCACUGCUGAGGUUAAGGCACUUGUUCGGGAGCUUCGAGGAGAGGUGCUCGGAAUGGGCCGAGAGAUCGGUCGCAGACUCGAAGAGGUUCAAACCAAAAAACCAAACCGGGAUGAGAGCGUGACACGAAUAGACAUGGCCAAGAUCAUAGAUGAUGGUCUUGAAGAAAUGAAGCAGCACAUGAACCAGCUCAUGAGGGAGCAUCGUCGCCAGUCUACCGCAGCGUCUCGUGGCCCUGUGGUGGACUACUCGGAGAUCUACAACUCGAUGCGAUCGGCCCUGAAAGACUCGCAAGCCAUGAACAAGCCUCGAAAGGACGAAAUGACCAAGGACGAUGUUAUGCAAGCCAUCCAGGAGGCGUGGGAAACGUACAAGCCAGAUAUACAGGUUCAGCAAAUCGGCCUCGAGCGCGACGAGGUCCUCGAUUGUUUACAGGAAGGCCUCCGCGAAUACGCGCCUCAAAACGAAGUUGUUCCAGGCGCCACGCGUGAAGAAGUGUUCCAGGCUGUAGUGGAGGGUCUGAAGCACUUCACUCCGCCGCACGUCGAGCCGCAGACCAGCCUGUCGCGAGACGAGAUCCUGGGCGCAGUCCGUGAAUGCUUGGAGGAAUUCGAAUUCCCUGUUGCCCCCUCGGCGAUGGGUGCUGAGCUCUCCAAGAAGGACAUGGUUGACGCGGUUCGGGAGGGUUUAGAAGGCAUUGAGUUCCCGCAGCAGGAUAACUCUCUUAUCCAAAGGGGCAUAGACAACGAGGAGAUCCAAGACCGGAUCCGCGAGAUUAUGCAAGUAAUGCGCGAGGAGUUCCAUGCCGUCUCAGAGGAGGCUAAACAGAAUGUAGCCGCCAACGGGCGGGAUACGGAGCAAGUUCUUGAUGCGACCAAGGAUGGUUUCGAAAAGUUGCGCAUCGACAUGGAAAGCUACCUUGAGAGAGCUUCGGGAGCAGCGGGGCAAGAAGAGUUUCUCGAAGGGCUUGUCCGCACUCUCGAUCUAUUCCGCGAAGAGAUUUCUGACCUUGUCUCGAAGUCUUCCAACAGCUCUCGCGAGGUGCUUCAGAGCGAGAUCGAAAACCUUCGCGAGACGGUCAACUCUUCACUAGUGCCGAUGUCUGCCAUUUCUACAAACAAUGGAGGCAGUAACAACAAGGAAGUCCUCGAGGCUCUGCAGGAUGGUAUUGGCAGCCUCCGUAACGAGAUGGCUAACAGACCCAUCGCUGGAACCAACGAGGUGCUGGAUGCCUUGCAGGAAGGUCUCGAGGAUUUGAAGGCCUGUAUCGAGAAAAUGGCGAACAAACCAUCUGACCUGACGGCAAACGACGAGAUCCUCGAUGCACUCAAGAGCGGACUAGAUGGUGUGAAGUCAGAAAUCGGAACCAUGCGGGACACUAGCAACGACAAGGCUGUCGCCAUGAUCGGCGACAACAGCUCCGCAAUUGUGCCGGUAGAUGUGCUGCGGCAAGACGAUAUCAAAAAUCUCGAAGGACUCAUCACUCAACUCCGCACCAAAGUUGACGGCAUAGAGACUAGCACCGUCCCUGUGACACCCGCCGCCAUUGUGCCUGCAGAUGUUCUGCGGCAAGACGACAUCAAAACCCUGGAAGGGCUCAUUACUCAACUCGGCGCCAAAGUUGACGGCAUAGAGACUAACGCCGCCCCUGUGACAGCCGCCGCAUCCAUCUCCAAGGAAGACGUGGCUUCCAAAGACGACCUUUCUGGUAUAGUCUCCAUGCUCGAAAAGCUCCAAGAAUCUGUGUCCAACAUGCCUGCCAGCGGCCGAGAGCCCGCUGCCACGGACGCGGCGACGCGAGAAGAUGUGGUAGCCAUCGAAACCAUACUUCGCAACGCCAAGUCCCGUCUUGAUGACCUCAUGGAUGGCGAGCAGGCUGUGCGAAAAGAUCACAUUGACGCCCUCGAGACCAUAGUCUUGGAGAGCAAGGAGACGCUUGCCGGGCUCACGGCCAAGCUUGACGGUAGCCUAGAGGGAAUCUCGCGUCAGCAAGAUCUCAAGGAGAUUGAAUCUCUGAUCGCUCAGGUUGCCAACGAGUUUGAGGAGAUGAGAGAUCGCCAUGACAAACAGCUCGCCGACCCUGAGCGAGUCACCAAAACCGACGUCGGCGCCCUCGAAGCGGUUUGCCUAGACGUCAAGAGUGCGGUUGACCAGAUGGUCAAGGCUGACCUCGCAGCGUUGCCCAACAAGGAAGACCUUCAAAAGCUUGAGAACCUAUUGAAUGAUUUGAAGGAGAAGGUGUCCGGAGAUGCCGAAGCCACCGCAAAGGCUUUCGAUGACCGCCAGGCCGAGACUGUCGGCGUCAACGAGAACGUCAAGGAGGUCAAGGCAUUCCUUGAGGAGUUCCAGACUUCUGUCAAGGAGAAGUUGGAAGAAGGAAAAAUAGGCGUGGACUCGCUCACCAAGCUUCUUGAAGACAUUGGCGAAACGGCUGGCAAGAGCGCCGGCGUUAGUGACGACCUCAAGGUCAUGUUCGAAGCGGUCAAGAUCGAGUUUGAGGAGUCCCGAGCAGGCGUGGUCGGCGCAAAGCUUGAGGCGGACGAAAGCUUCAAGCAAACUACGGACACUCUUUCUGCCAAAAUAGACGAGAAGAUUGGCGAGCUCCUCUCCAAGUAUGAAACCUUCCAGGCCGAAAUGGAAGAGCGCGCCAAGAACGGCGAGGCCCGCGAUCUGGGCCUUGAGGAAGCUGUCAUUGGCACGAAAGCGGUUGCGGAUGAACUCAAGACUUUGAUCGACACUCUCGGAGCCACCGUCACAGACUCGCUUGAGAAAAUGGAGGAGGCAUCAAAGACAGUGUUCAGCCGAGUCGAGGACUUGGUCAACAAGACGGAUGAGAACCAGGCCGACGCCAAAGUUGAGCACCAGCUCACGCGCGACGAGAUCAAGCAGGCAUACGGCGCCGUUGAAGGGUUCCUUGCCGACAAAGUUUGCGAAUACCAGCCUCAGAUCCUCGAGAACAUCAAGAACGUGCUGCUCGUCGUCAGCGAACACUUUGAACACUCGAAGUCGUCUACAGAGACCAUUCAGGAGAAGAUUGUCGAAUCCAAGCCCGAGCUGCCCAUGCUUCCUCCCAUCGAGAAGUACGACGACACGCAAGUGAUCGAGAGACUUGAUAAGCUGUCAGAGAGAUACGAUGCUGCAACUCUGAUGGAAAAGUUGCAGACUCUCAAUGAGAAGUGCGACGACACGCAAGUCAUCGAGAGACUUGAUAAACUUUCGGAGCGAUACGAUGGUGAUGGCGCAGCUCUGAUGGCCAAGCUCGACGCUCUCAACGAGAAGUGUGACGACACGCAGGUCAUGGAGAGACUUGACAAGCUCUCGGAGAAAUACGAUUGUGCAGCUCUGAUGACGAAGCUCGAGACUCUUGAUGAGAAGUACGACGGCACGCUCAUCGUGCACGAAAAAAUUGAUUCGCUUACAUCCAAGUGCGAGGAGGGUGCUCUCAACAAUGGUGAGAAAAUUGAUAAGCUCUCAGAGAAAGUUUCCGACGAAAACACAGCUGUUCGCGAGAAAUUAGACAAGCUCGUCGAUCACACCGAGACCGCGGACAAGGCCUUCAACAAGCUCGACACGCUGGAGAAGGUCCACCAGCAGGUAUUACAGACGGCUGCCGAUGUAUCGGCAUUUGUGGCAGCGCAGACACUGCGCAUCUCAGACGAGCACGACGACCGCGAGAAGACUUUGCAAGAGACGACACUGGCUAUUGAGCGCGGAACAGCACAAAAGGAGGCACUCGACGAUGACAUCACUCGUCUUCGGAAAGAGCAGGAGGAGCUCAGGCUUAGUGUUCAAAAAUUGCGUGAGGAACAAGAAGAGUUGGCGCGUCAGAGAACGAGGCUCACGGCCGACGUUGCCUCGCUCGAGACUGCCGUCACACUGCGGCGCGAGGAGCUUCGAGAGGUCGAGGACCGUGCUCAAGGUCUCGAGCGGCGCAUCCUAGAAGGCGUCAUGGAUCAUUCACGCGUGAUGCUCAUGGCCAAGGCUGGCGGGUUUACAAAGGGCCGUGACGCGAUGAGCCGCAAGAGAGUGUCAUCGACCCGGCAAAAGAAUGUAAAUCCCGAUGCCACCGGCGCUGUCGAUGGUCGGCCGGUGGGAGCUGAACAAAAGCAGGAUUCCAAGAAGAUGCGUACAGUUCCCAUUAAUAUGGCCAUGUCCGCAGCCGCAGCCAACCGCAACGGCCUUGCACCGCCCAAUCCCGGACCCCAGGCCCGCCGCAUCGUUUCUCUCAGCCAAAUCAACCACAACGUGCCUGCUGGCGGUUUCAAACGUAGCCAGAGUGUUCGCCAGCCAGGCCGACCGGGGAUGAGGAAGAGCAGCUGGGCAGGCGGGCGAGAAUCUACUCCAGUUCCUGCUAUCCCUAAAGGAUACGGAGAUGUGAAUUCCGAUGACAAGGAGAACAGUGUUCCCAGACGCGUUAGCGAGGAUGGACAAGAGGGCGACGCCUUCGUACAGCCAACACCUCAUGAGGCCGCCAUGGCAAUGGUCUUGGCCGAUCAGAUCACUCCCCCAGCUACGGAGCUGGACUUGGACUUGGACCAAGACGACGAUGCAGCAUCUCAACACAGCGAGGCUGAUACACUGCGUCGGACUAGCAUGGGAACCUCUGUCAUCACCGCGGAGAGUUCGGCCGCGGGCACGUAUGACGGCUCUGGUAGCGACCGAGACAACGAAGACUAUGAUUCUGACCUAGACGACGCUUCAAGCCAGUGGACGGAAUCCCAAGUUGGAGUCACGCCAAGCGAUGUAAGUGGCGCCGGGUCGGACGUUGUGUUAUACGAGACUUAGCUUGUUUGGUUUCAAGUUGAAGGAAGUAACGGUUACAGGGGUGAUGUUGGCUAUCAAGGACCUAUUUUGCAGACACAGUUUUUGUUUUUUCGUCUUUUUUUGAGAUUUUGUAUUUGCAUAAAAAGGCCAAGGAUCCUUGUCCAACACAGGGAUGGCUGACUGGGUAGGAAAGCACACAGGAAGGAAGAGGGAAAGGGUAAACGAUCAAAGUCUUGUGUUGAUGAUUGGGUUUUCAUCAGGAGUUAUCUCAGGUUGAUUCUUUGGAUUUUGCGGGUAAUAAGCACAGAUUGGACCAUGGGGUCUGUCAUAAGGACUUGUUUAUACAACAAUGUGUUCGUCUUUGCCAACUUAUGAAUAGCCUUUGCAUCAGUGACUGUAUACAGCAUGUACUUAUUCAAUAGCUAGGGUUUGUUUGUGAGUUAACCAAUCGUGUAGUGAGGUCUAUGUUCGUCAAACAAGCUGCAUCGAGA